AUGUUUUAGAUGCCAUCUGGAAGAGUUUAGGUUCUACAUCUUAUGUUUUAGAUGCCAUCUGGAAGAGUUUAGGUUCUACAUCUUAUGUUUUAGAUGCCACCUGGUGAACAACUCUGUCAUGCUCGUCAAACUGGUUUUACUCCUUGUUCUGGCGCUAGGUGGAGCUGAUGUAGUGAGCUCUCGAACAUACCAAGCUUAUUUCAUAGAGUAUGAAAACCAAGAACUAGAAGCAGUCAGACCAUGGCCAAGAGUACAGUUACUGGACGUUACAUGGUCAGUAAAGGGUCAGAAUUAUGCUCAAGGCAUUCCGGAAAUACUUAGCUGCCGUCUCAUUGAAAAUCCAGACCACGUGCUGAAGAAGUUAAAGAAAAAGAACCUUCAUCAGACUGUCCUGAGGAUAACCUCUGAGAAGAUGGAAUAUAUUUUACAUCACUGCUCAGACGCUGGACAGUUAAAGACAGAGGACUUUCUUCACAGGUCUAUAAUAUGGCCAGGAACCAAGUGGUGUGGACCGGGCAAUAUCUCUGAAAACUUCGACGAUCUGGGCGAGAAAAGAGAAACUGACAUAUGCUGCCGGGACCACGACACAUGUGACGACAUCUUGAAAGCUGGCGAAACUAAGUAUGGACUAACAAACGAUGCCUUAACCACCAGAUUAAAUUGUAAGUGUGACGAAGACUUCAGGGUGUGUCUGAUGAAAGUGAAUACUCAGACUUCUAAUGCUGUCGGAGAAUUUUACUUCAACAUCGCUCAGAACAAGUGCUACAAGAUGGAACAUCCUCAGACUAAGUGUCUCCGCUGGGGAGGGUUGCUACAGAUGAGUUGUCAAGAGUAUGAACUAGACGUUUCGAAACCUAAGAUUUGGCAGUUUUUUGAUGCGGUAGAGUACAGGAAACCGAAACUGUAACUGAACACGUCAAAAGCAAAACUGGUUGAACCAGCUUCUAGAAAAACGUCCUGACACAAAUAUUAUCUAACUAUUUAUAUCAGUUGUAAAUAAAUAAAUGUAAAGAAAGCAGUAGCUCUAA